AUCGAAGCAGCCAAUACAGCCCAAACCGCUGCAGCUUUCGAUCACGAAACUGCUGCUACAGCACUCCUCAACAAACGUCAUUUUUUGCAAGGUUUUAAACCGGUCAUUUUUACUAACAUUCUCGAUGAAAAUACUGCCACCACUGAAGCGGCUACCACGAAUUUAUUGGAGAUCGAAGCUGCCAAUACAGCCCAAACCGCUGCAGAUUUCGAUCACGAAACUGCUAUUACAGCAUUUGUUCAACUAUAA